AUGAAUGUAAGAUUUACUACUCCAAGAGAACUCUUAAGGGAUGCAAAAACAAUUACUAUAGGUCAAUUUGAUCAACAUUCAAGUGAGUGGAUCAUCAGUCAAAGACAGUCAGAUACAUUCACUAUUGGAUUGUAUAAAGUCAUUUUACAAAAGACAAACGGAACACCAUUUAUAAAGAUAUUCGAUUUAGCUCUAAGAACGGGUAAUCAUCAAUGUUUAAUAUUAAUGAUUGAAACUGCAAGAGAUAGUGGAUAUAAACACUUGAUUGAACAAUGGUCUGUCUUGAUUUAUUCAAACAUCAAUCAACAAUGUUUGGAUGUGGUGCUAGAGUAUUAUCAAUUGUUGACAAGGGCAAACUAUGCACAGUUGAUUGGUUUUAUGGUGUUGAAUGGAAGAUCCGAUCAAGCAAUUACAUUGCUAGGUACGUUGGAAAUGAGGCCGAUUAGUGCCCCUGGUCUAACCAAUCUAACAUUGACCAAUGAUGGUCAAGAAGAAAAUAGAUCUGUUCAUUUGAUCGAUUUGGCAAAGAUGCUAAUUAGAAAGAGGGGAUCUAGUGAUCUAUCAUUUAUCAUUCAAUUAUGCGGACAGAAUGAAAUAGAUGAUUUACUAGAACUUAUUGCCACCCAAGUAACAACUUUGAGCCUCAAGAGAGUAGGUGGAUGGGGUAUUGAAAGAUACUUUGGUUACAAGUAUUUAGAAAGAUUCGAGACAAUGGUUGGUGAUAGAUAUCUAUCAAAUGAAUCAUUGCUUUUUGGUGCUGGUAAUAUUGGUUUCUUGCGAUACUAUGUAGACAGAAAACUUUGGACAAAGUUUGAGAGUAUCAAAGAUGCCCAAGUACUCGAAUAUGCCAUACAACAUGAAAAUGGUGAGGAGUGUGUUCGAUACAUUUUGGAGCAUCUUCCCAACCCCAAGUUAUUUUUACGUUACAAUGUAUUUGCCAUCCGUCCAUCUACAGUCUCACUCUUGUUUGUCCAAUUCAUUUGCCUUCAUCCACACGUCCACCUAGAACCAGACGACUUUAUAAGAGAUAUUGCAUUCUCCAAGAAAUACGAUGCUUUGCAAUGGAUUCUUUCACCGACCAGCAUUCGUUUGUUUGACGACAAAACAGUAAACCUCGGCGCUGCCUUUUCAGAAGCAGUCUACUAUGACGACAUUACAGCACUGGAAAUAUUAUCAACAGCCUUGAUACAACAAAACCAAAAGGUAGGCGUGCACUUGUCACAGUUUCACCAAAUGUCAAAAGAAAACCAAAAGAGAGCCGCCUCUAUUAUUCCACCAGGACUGUUGGAUAUCUACAUUGAAGAAGAUCUAGCAGCAAUGCGAGAAACUCUUCUUCUACUCGUCCAACAUGGACACGUGUCUUCUGGUGGUAGCAUAGGUUACCCAUUUGAUGCAUUUGGGAUGUUGACCGACACCUACAUCCAAAAAUAUCAUGGACAAGGCAUGGAAGGUGACCCGUUCUUCCUCUCACUGGCCAGUAUCGAUACACUAGAAUUUGUAUCUCGCAACACUGAUCAAAAUCUUGAUCGACUUGCCUAUUACAGUGGUAGAACAGACAUAAAGAGUAGUGGUGGAUUUACAGCCAAUGAUUGGCAAGAAUGUGAUUCAAUACACUGCUGCAAAGCACUACAGUUCAUGUGGGAAAAUUCACCAGACUCUGUUAGAUCCAAUCACUACUCAAUGUCACUCUUUCUUAACAAUCACAUUGUCGACACGUCUGAUCGAGGAAUCAAGGUUACCCUACACUUUGUACGUCUCUACCAACACUUUGCGACCCAACCAACAAAAAUCAAUCGAUGCCACCCUCUUUUAACGCAUAGCCACCUAGUGUAUCAAAUAAUUCAACUUUUCCAACAGCAAUCUACCAACAACAGUACGUUUACCACUUGUAACUCUGAGCUUUUAGACUUGUUGGCGUUUCACGACGGUUUGAUCAACUAA